AUGGGAAGCUGUGUUUCGUCGCCAUUGAAAGGUUCUCAUUUUGGGAAAAGACCGGUAAGAAGGAGGAGCAGUAGUAAUAGCAAAACAUCCUCUGUUCCUCGUUGUUUCGAUUCUUCUCAGACUAAUCUUUCCCGGAGAUUGUGUUUCCAGCCACCAAGCCGCGUUCUUCCCGAGCCUAUUGGAGAUGGAAUCUUUCUCAAGUAUGAACUUGGGAAAGAAUUAGGCCGUGGCGAAUUCGGUGUCACUCAUGAAUGUAUCGAGAUCAGUACCCGAGAAAGGUUUGCUUGUAAGAGGAUAUCGAAAGAGAAGCUAAGGACUGAGAUUGAUGUUGAAGAUGUGAGAAGAGAAGUUGAGAUCAUGAGAUGUUUACCAAAACAUCCUAAUAUUGUUAGCUUUAAAGAAGCUUUUGAGGACAAAGACGCGGUUUAUCUUGUAAUGGAGAUUUGUGAAGGUGGUGAGCUUUUUGACCGUAUUGUAUCUAGAGGACAUUACACUGAGCGCGCCGCUGCAUCUGUCGCUAAAACCAUUCUUGAAGUCGUCAAGGUGUGUCAUGAACAUGGAGUGAUUCAUAGAGAUCUUAAACCGGAGAAUUUCCUCUUUUCGAAUGAAACCGAGUCUGCACAACUCAAAGCAAUUGAUUUUGGUCUCUCCAUUUUCUUCAAACCCGCUCAACGGUUCAAUGAGAUUGUGGGAAGUCCUUAUUACAUGGCUCCAGAGGUUUUGAGACGAAAUUACGGUCCUGAGAUCGAUGUUUGGAGCGCCGGUGUUAUACUCUAUAUCUUGCUUUGUGGUGUUCCUCCUUUUUGGGCAGAAACCGAAGAAGGAAUCGCGCACACUAUCGUGAGAGGGAACAUUGAUUUCACGAGAGAUCCGUGGCCAAAAGUCUCAAAUGAAGCCAAAGAUCUUGUUAAGGACAUGCUUGAUGCAAAUCCUUAUAGCCGACUCACAGUUCAAGAAGUGCUUGAACAUCCAUGGAUCCAAAACGCAGAGAGAGCACCUAAUGUGAAUCUUGGUGAUAACGUUAGGUCCAAGAUUCAACAGUUCUUGUUGAUGAACAGGUUCAAGAAGAAAGUCCUCAGGAUCGUAGCGGACAAUCUACCGAACGAGGAGAUAGCGGCAAUAAUACAAACGUUUCAAACGAUGGACACUGAUAAGAACGGUCAUUUGACUUUUGAGGAACUUAGAGAUGGGUUGAAGAAGGUUGGACAAGUUGUUCCCGAAGGCGAUGUGAAGAUGCUAAUGGAUGCAGCUGAUACAGAUGGUAAUGGGAUGUUGAGCUGUGAAGAGUUUGUGACAAUGUCAAUACAUUUGAAGAGAAUGGGAAGUGAUGAGCAUUUGCAUCAAGCAUUCAAGUAUUUUGACAAGAACGGGAACGGAUUUAUCGAGCUAGAUGAGCUCAAGGAAGCUCUUUUCGAUGAUAAGCUAGGCCACGGUAACGACCAGUGGAUCAAAGAUAUCUUCUUUGACGUCGAUCUCAACAAGGAUGGACGGAUAAGCUUUGAUGAGUUUAAGGCAAUGAUGAAAUCAGGGACGGACUGGAAAAUGGCGUCGAGGCAGUACUCGAGGGCGUUGUUGAAUGCUUUGAGCAUCAAAAUGUUCAAACAAGAUUUUGGGGACAAUGGUAAUAAAGCUCAUUCCAUAGAGUUCCCUUUAGCAAGGAAGAAAGCAAAGCUACUUGAUGCUCCAAAGAACAAAUCAAUGGAGCUUGUCCACUCCAAAACAUAUAAACCCUCAGGGCUAAGAAACUAA